UUAAGUGUCCUUGUCUAUCAGCGUCUCGCAACUCCGAUACAUUUUAAGGCGAAUCCCGCCAUCACACACUUCGGUCUGGUGAUUAAUUUCUUUUGCGUAGUUACUCCGAAAUUUUCCUGAAUUCCCGUCGGUGAAAAUGUAAAAAAUUCUCUCCUGCGGGCCAGUUAUUUAUUUUACACUUAAGCGUCGGAUUAAUUUUAUAAAACGUGUGAGUUUUUCUUGGGGUGAAUAUCUGUUGCUUGGUCGAACUCUAACCUAAAAAGCGUCGGCGAUGGCAACCGUAUCUCUCGACAAGGAGACAUUCUUCCGGCGUAUGAAACGCCUGUACAACGGCUGGAAGGAUGGCGAAGUCGGGACUGAUGACAGCUUUAGCAAAAUGGACUGCCUCGUUUCGGCAGUGGGAACUGACGAGGACAUAAUCUACAGCAAGUCUAUGGCUCUUCAGACUUGGUUGCUGAGCUACGAACUUACUGACACUAUCAUGAUCCUCGCUGAGGAUUGCAUCUGUUUCUUGUCCAGCAAAAAGAAAAUCGAAUUUCUUCGACAGGUCGAGAGCGGAAAGACUGAAGAAACUGGAGUUCCUCCUGUUAAAUUAUUUGUUCGAGACAAGAGCGAUGAAGACAAAGCAAACUUCGGUAAACUGAUCGAUGUAAUAAAAGGAAGCAAAAAGGGUAAAACACUUGGUGUUUUCUCCAAAGAAAAUUAUCCUGGAGCUUUUAUGGAUGCUUGGAGGGCUGCCAUGAAGGUUCAUUCCUUCGAAACUAUUGACGUGAGCGCAGCAGCAGCCUACGUAAUGUGUCCGAAAGAGGACGUAGAAAUCUUAACAAUAAAAAAAGCCUGCGUGGUGUCAGUAGACGUCUUCACCAAGUACCUCAAGGACCAGAUAAUGGAGAUAAUCGACUCGGACAAGAAAGUAAAGCACUCAAAGUUAGCCGAGGGCGUGGACGCAGCAGUCACUAACAAAAAGUACGUAACCGGCGUAGAUACUUCUCAAGUAGACAUGUGUUACCCCGCGAUAAUCCAGAGCGGGGGUAACUACACGCUCAAGUUCAGCGUGGUGAGCGACAAAAACACGCUCCACUUCGGGACGAUUAUUUGUUCCCUCGGAGCGAGGUACAAGUCUUACUGCUCGAACAUCGUUCGUACGUUGCUGGUCAACCCAACGAGCGCGAUCGAGCAGAACUACAACUUCCUUCUAGCUCUUCAGGAGGAAAUAAUGAAGAAGAUGACUCCCAGCACCAAGAUCAGCGCGGUCUACGAAGCGGGGAUCGCGUAUGUUAAGCAAGAGAAGCCCAACAUGUUAGAUCAUUUAACUAAAAAUUUUGGUUUUGCGAUGGGGAUAGAGUUUCGUGAGAGUUCGUUGAUGAUCGGGCCCAAGACUCAUGCUCUGUUGAAGAAAGGCAUGGUCUUUAAUCUCCACGUGGGUCUGUCGAAUUUAAACAACCCUGCGGCGACAGAUAAGGAAGGAAAGAACUACGCUUUAUUUAUUGGAGACACUGUGCUCAUCGGUGAGCCCGGAGCUCCUGCGACAAUCUUGACCAACUCUAAAAAGAAGGUCAAGAACAUCGGAAUUUACCUUAAAGAUGAAGAGGAAGAAGAAGAAGAGGGAAGUGGCAAGGAGAACGAACCCAAGCCGGAGAUUCUUGGCCGAGGAAAGCGGACCGCUGUUAUUGAAAGCAAGCUCAGGACUGAGCACAGCUCCGAGGAGAAGCGCAAGCAGCACCAGAAGGAACUCGCUCAGCAGCUGAAUGAAAUUGCCAAGGCUAGGCUGGCUCAGCAGUCUGGUGGCAAAGAGGAGGAGAAGAUCCGUAAAUCUACUGUCUCGUAUAAGAGUCUCAGUCAAAUGCCAAGAGAGCCGGAAGUCAAAGAGCUGAAGUUGUAUGUUGAUAAGAAGUACGAGACUGUUAUCCUACCGGUGUUCGGAAUUCCAGUUCCGUUUCACAUAUCGACUAUCAAAAAUAUCUCCCAGAGUGUCGAAGGGGAUUAUACUUACCUCAGAAUAAACUUUUUCCAUCCUGGAGCUACUAUGGGUCGCAAUGAAGGCGGGAGUUAUCCGCAGCCUGAUGCCACUUUUGUUAAAGAAGUCACUUAUCGCAGUACCAAUACCAAAGAACCUGGAGAGAUCUCGGCACCUUCUGCUAACCUCAACACCGCUUUCAGAUUGAUAAAAGAAGUCCAGAAAAAGUUCAAGAACCGCGAAGCAGAGGAACGAGAAAAAGAAGACUUGGUAAAGCAAGACACGCUAGUUCUCACGCAAAACAAAGGAAACCCCAAGCUAAAAGAUCUGUACAUCCGACCAAACAUCGUCACCAAGAGAAUGACGGGAACCUUGGAAGCCCACUCGAACGGGUUCCGCUACACGUCAGUCCGCGGAGACAAGGUUGACAUCCUCUACAACAACAUAAAGAACGCGUUCUUCCAGCCGGGCGACGGAGAGAUGAUCAUCCUGCUGCACUUCCAUCUGAAGCACGCGAUAAUGUUCGGGAAAAAGAAACACGUGGACGUGCAGUUCUACACAGAAGUCGGAGAGAUCACCACGGAUUUAGGCAAGCACCAGCACAUGCACGAUCGGGAUGAUCUUGCUGCGGAGCAGUCGGAGCGAGAGCUUAGACACAAGCUGAAGACUGCCUUCAAGAGCUUCUGCGAGAAGGUAGAGACGCUUACUAAGCAGGAGAUUGAGUUUGAUACUCCCUUCAGAGAGCUGGGAUUCCCUGGUGCGCCUUUCAGGUCCACCGUGCUGCUCCAGCCGACCAGCGGUUGUCUAGUUCACUUGACAGAGUGGCCGCCAUUCGUCAUCACGCUGGAAGACGUCGAGCUGGUCCACUUCGAGCGUGUCCAGUUCCACCUCAAGAACUUUGACAUGAUUUUUGUCUUUAAAGAUUACCACAAAAAAAUCGCGAUGGUCAACGCCAUCCCGAUGAACAUGCUGGACCAUGUCAAGGAGUGGCUGAACUCUUGUGACAUAAGAUACUCCGAGGGAGUCCAGUCGCUCAACUGGGCCAAGAUUAUGAAGACCAUCACCGACGACCCUGAAGGAUUUUUCGAAAGCGGUGGUUGGACCUUCUUGGACCCGGAGAGUGACGCCGAGAAUGAAGAAGUUGAUGACGAAGAAGAAGAAGACGAUGACGCUUACGAGCCCACGGAUAUUGAGAGCGAGGAGGAGUCUGAUGAAGACUCAGAUUAUUCUGAAGCUUCUGAAGACUCUGAAAGCGAGGAAGAAGAGCUUGGAAGCUCUGAAGAGUCAGGAAAAGAUUGGUCUGAUCUCGAGCGAGAAGCUGCUGAGGAAGACAAUGAAAGGAGCAAUUAUCCUGCGGAUACUUACACCAAGAACAAGAAAAAGUCCAAGCACGACACUCCUUCGCCUUCGAAAAAUCGGCACAGCUCCAAGCACAAGAGCUCUUCUAGCUCUAAGAGCAAAAGCAGCUCCAAAGAUCGCGAUCGCAGGUCUUCUGAUAAGCACAGAUCGGACCGAUCUCGAAGUGGGAGGUCACACAAGAAAGUGUCUCCUUCAAAAUCGUCCAAACAUAGUCCGAAGAAAAGUGACCGACACGAUAAGCACAAGUCCUCUCACUCAUCCUCAUCUUCCAGCAAAAAAAGACCGCGCGAUGACAGUUCUGACAGAAGAAAAUCCAAAAAAUCAAGGAAAUAAAUCGGGUAAAAGUGUCUCUUCAGAGUUGGUAGGCUGUACACAUUCAUUGCAAGAUAACUAUUAAGUUUUCAAGACAGUUAUCAUCCAUUAAUUUUAAUAUUAAUAACUAUUAUUUCUGUUUUCUAUCCUCAAUCAUUAAAAAGUUAAUUACAA